CCUCCCCAUCUUCAUGAAUCUCCCAUCCCUCCGUACGACAACCCUUCUCGUCACAUUUCUUGUCGUACUUGUUGCAAUCAUUUUUUCGCCCAGCAAAUUCGAGUCCAUUGCCGCUGCAUCCCGCAGCAUUGCACAGAGAUUCUAUUCCAGGAUUUCCACCAAUCAACUGACUUCGAAGAUGACUUCGAUUAAAAGGACUCCUGUUUAUUUCCUCAGCCAUGGAGGCCCAAAUAUCAUGUACGAAACCGAUCACCCAGUCUACCCCCAGCUCCAGAAAAUCGGCCGAGAAAUCACACAAAAAGUGAAACCCAAAGCAGUCGUUGUGUUCUCCGCACAUUGGCAAGGAGAAAGAGACGUAAUCGAAAUCAACACCUUCGAAAACACAGAACUGAUAUACGAUUUCUACGGCUUCCCAGCAAACUACUACAAAGAAACCUACCCCAACAAAGGCUCCCCAGAAAUCGCCCAAAAGGUAAUUGACUCCCUCACCGCCGCAGGAAUAAAAUCUCAUGGCAUGCGCCGCGGCCUCGACCACGGGGUCUGGGCCAGUUUUAAAGUUGCCUUUAACGAGAAAACCAACCCGCUAAACGUCCCCGUCGUCCAAGUCUCGCUUUUUGACACUGAAGACCCUGCACAGCAUAUUGCCCUCGGCCGUGCCGUCACUCACCUGCGAGAUGAAGGGAUUCAGAUUAUUGUGAGUGGCAUGGCGGUCCAUAAUUUGAGAGAUCUCAGGUGGGGACAGCAGGGCGUAAAGCCGUAUGCGAAGAGUUUUGAUGAAGCGCUGGGGGAGGCGGUUGAGACGGAGAGCGAAGCGGAGAGGGAGGAGAAGCUGGUGCAGUUGCUGAAGAGACCGGACGCCAGGCCAGCACAUCCGAGUUUUGAGCAUUUGUUGCCGAUUCAUAUUGGAGCUGGAGCAGCGGGGAGCGACAGGGGGAAGAGACUUUGGACGCUGGCGGAGGGUAGUUUUAGUUGGGCACAGUUUAGGUUUGGGGAUGCGCCUGAGUGAGGGGUGUUGACAAGUGUUGAGUGAGAAUUGAAUAAGGGUCACAAGAGCGAAGGAGUCUAGUGACUAUGCAAGUAUUGAUGUUGGUUUUGCACAGGAUUUAAGACGCUUGCUGUACCUAUGUCCGUUGUGCCUUGCAUCAAGUGAAUCAAGGCUAGAAGGCAGAUCCUGUGCCUCACAUGGAGGGGCUUCGCAGUAUAUAAGCCUUCCCGUGAAAAGAAACUCUUCCCCAC